AACAUAAUUUAUAAAAAUACUUGGUAUUUUGAACUCGAGGGAGUAAAGUUGUUUCACGCUCAAAAAGUAAUAAAACUGGACGUUACAAGUAUCGUUGAAGUAGGAAUAAGUUGUUUAAAAGAUAAUAUUUCCAAUAAACAACAACAAUUCAAGCAUAAAUUUGAAUGCAUUUUCAACUAUACGAUCUUAAAGUGAAGGACAACAAGUGUCAGGAACAGCGACGACGUCAACGACAACGACCAGUGAAUUCAACAUGGAAAAUCUUGGUUACAAAGAAGGCAGUACCAAGCCACGACGUAUGACACGUUCCAUCAGUGUUGUUACAAAAACUGAAGCUGAACAGCCAUUGGCUGAGAAUAAUACAAAUCGAUUCAAAUCAAUACCGCCUAAUCUUAUGGUAAGAUGGCGUAAUAAUACGGAUGCUAUGAUCGAAGCUCAAUAUCCAACACCAGGAGAAUUUGAAUAUAUGGAAUGUGGUCCAUCGCCACCAGCUGAAAGUGCACCCAGUAUGUAUGAUAGUUUCGAAGAGCCAACCAGUGAAUUGAGUGUACAAAUAUGCAACGACACUUUGCGCAUCAGUCUAAUCGAUCAAAUGAAAAAUGCCGCCGGUCGCAUACGCUAUUUUGAGGACAUCGAACAGGGCAAUGUGAUUGGUGAAAAUACAAAGACUCACUUUGAAUCCGCCUCGCAAAUAGAGAAGAGUUUAUGUUUCCUAUGGUCGGCAUUUCUAAAGAGAUGGGAUCUGUUGCAAAGCCUAUUGGAUAUAGGAGCUGAAUUAAAUUUUUGUGAUCAAAAUGGUAUUACCGCUUUGCAUUUGGGUGCGUUUAGUGGCUGUCUUUCGACGCUCACGUUCCUUGUGGGCAAGGGCAUGAAUGUUAAUUUUCAGCCAAAAUGUUAUACUCCCUUACACUGUGCAGCAUUUGGUAAUUCGCCUGAGGCGGCGAAAUAUUUGGUAAAUAAUGGUGCCCAAUUAUCCAUAGAUACGAACAAACCGAACUGUGAAGAGAGUCUACUGCAUUGUGCGGUAAGAGCCAAUGCUUUGGAAUGCUUGCAGUUGUUUGUAGACGAGGGAGCAGAUGUGAAUUCCCUCAAACCGAAUGGCACUAACGCUAUACAUUUGGCAGCCGACUUGGGUAAUGCCCAGUGUUUAGAGAUUUUAUUAAAAGCCAACGGAGCUGAUCCCAAUGUGAGAAUUUGUAUACGGGAAAAGGAAUCCACAGCUUUGCAUUUAGCCGCCGAUGAGGGAAAUGUAGAAUGUGUGGAUUUAUUGCUGGCCAAAGGGGCCGAUGCAAAGCUAAAGAAUCAUCGCGGUUUCACGGCCCUACAUUUAGCGGCUCGCACUUCCAGUUUGGAGUGUGUAGAAUCUCUGCUGAGAAAUGGCAAUGCCGAUGCCAAUGCUGAAGACUUUGAUCAUAGAACCCCUUUACAUGCGGCUGUGGGAAAAUCUGAAAACGCCUUUGAUAUAUUGGAACUACUUAUACAGUGGGGAGCCAAUGUUAAUCACAAGGACAUUUAUGGUUUUACGGCUUUACAUUUGGCCGCCUUAGAUGGCCUGGCUCAAUGUGUGGAAAUGUUAAUUUACCACGGUGCUGAUGUCACUACAAAAUCGAAAAAAGGCACUUCUGCCCUAAACGUCAUCACCCGUAAAACACCCGCUUCUGUAGCCAUGAUAAGACAGAAAUUAGAUGCCGCCAUUACUUUACAUCAUUCCCAAGAUCCGGUCAAUCGUGAGGUGGAAUUGGAACUGGAUUUUCGUCAACUCUUACAACAUUGUCAUCCUAGAGAGAUUAGUUAUUUGAAUACGUUUGUGGAUGAGGGACAAAAGGAAAUUUUAGAACAUCCCUUGUGCUCGUCAUUCCUGUACAUAAAAUGGGGCAAGAUAAGAAAAUACUAUAUAGGACGUUUAAUAUUCUGUUUCUUCUUCAUACUCUUCCUGACCCUGUACGUACUCACUGCCCUGGCCCACAAUUGCUACAACGGCAGUAAAGAUGACAACACCACCAUACAGGCCCAGGAACUAUGCCAGAAACAAUCCAUUUUGGGUGACAUGUUACGCAACAAUCCCUUUGUUAUGGAAAUGCAAUGGUGGGUGCUGGUAGCCAUCACAGUAGUGGAAAUAUUUCGAAAGUUGUAUGGCAUUACGGGUUACUCAUCGUUCAAACACUAUGUCACCCAGGUGGAAAACAUAAUGGAGUGGUUUGUCAUCACCAGUGUAUUUGUUAUUUCGUAUAUUUAUACCAAACAAACGUAUACCUUUCAAAACCACAUAGGAGCCUUUGCCGUACUGUUGGGUUGGACCAAUCUUAUGUUAAUGAUAGGACAACUGCCGGUAUUCGAUGUUUACGUAGCCAUGUACACUAGGGUUCAAGGAGAAUUUGCUAAACUGUUUAUGGCCUACUCCUGUAUGCUUAUUGGAUUUACUAUAUCAUUUUGUGUUAUAUUUCCCUCUUCCUCAUCCUUUGCUAAUCCAUUUAUGGGUUUCAUAUCUGUACUGGUGAUGAUGAUAGGAGAACAGGAUCUGUCGCUACUCAUCAAUGAUCCGGAUGGCAAGGAUCCACCAUUUCUCUUGGAAGUUAGUGCUCAAAUAACAUUUGUGCUCUUCUUGCUAUUCGUUACGAUUAUAUUGAUGAAUCUGCUGGUGGGUAUAGCGGUACACGAUAUACAAGGUCUCAAAAAGACCGCUGGCCUCUCUAAGCUGGUAAGGCAAACCAAGUUAAUAUCUUACAUAGAGUCGGCCUUAUUUAAUGGUUAUUUACCCACAUGGCUACGUAACUUGCUGCACUAUACGGCCCUGGUGUCACCGCAAGCGUAUCGUGUGGUUUUGUGUGUAAAACCGUUAAAUCCGAGCGAAAAACGUUUGCCACGAGAUAUUCUAAUGAAAGCCUACGAGGUGGGUAAAAUGCGCAAACACUUUGGUCACACUAUAUCGGCCAAAUCAUCCGAUGCUACUUAUCUUUCAUACAAAAACAAAUACAAUAGUGAAACUAAUCAAACACCGACGACUCCCUAUGCGACGGAGGAUUUUGAAGCCACCGUCUUGUCAAACAUUAAUACGAAAAUCGAUGAUAAUAGCGAACGUAUUGAGUAUUUAACACAAGAGAUACAAGAGCUAAAACAGGCUCUUAUAACCCAACAGCAGCAAGCUAGCAAAGUUAUAGAUAAAUUAUUGAUUGUCAUAUCGAAUCAGCAAAAAAAUAAUUUAAGAAAGUAGAUUAAAACGAACAAAGAUUAUUUUUUUAAUUUAGAACAUAGAAAUAUAGUGCCUUCCUUAAGAAAAAAAAGUGUCCUUUAAAAAACCAUAGAUUAUAAUAACUUUUAUAAAAUUUUAAUAGUUUGUAAAACAAAUUUAUCUGAAAUUAUAUACACAUUAUAAUAAAAUAUUUUUACUCGUUUUUUUUUCGGUCAAAAGAUUGAAUUGUAUUAAAAUCUUAAAACAUUCCCACAAAAUUUAAGAACAAAUCUAUAAGCAUUUUAUUUUUAUUUUGUUUUUACAUAUGUAUGUAGCUGUUUUAAGUUUGUUUAACUUUAUAGAAAUAUUUUAUUUAUUUAUUUUAAAUUAAAUUUAUUAAUUUUUCUGGAAUUAUAUUUUAAUAUUUAUUUAAAUAUAUGUAAAUGUUAUUGAAACUAUAAUGCAAUUCAAA